AUGAAUAAACCACGUUCAUCCAACAGUGAUGAUGAUAUGGUUGUAUUACAACAAGAGGAUGAAAAAGUUGAUAAACAAAUAGACAUAGAGAAAGAGAAAGACAAGAAAAAUAUAUCAACAAAGAUAAAGGAAUAUAAGAAGAAAAAGAAAAAGAAAAAUAUUAUCCCCAAGAAAAUAUUGAAACAUAUAGAUAAUAUAGACAAAUUAAAAUACGUGCGAAUUAAUCAUAUUGAUGAAAAGGAAAAAAAAAGUUAUCAUUUGAAAAAUAUAUCUGGGGGUAUGAUUAAAAAGAUAAAAAAAGAAAUAAAUGAUAAUAAAGAUGAAAAAAAUAAAAAGACGACAACAAAUAUGAAGAAGAAAAAAAAAAAAAAAAUUAAUAAUAAAAAAGUCAUUAAAAAAAGAAACAUGAUAAAUGAUAAAAAAAUUGUAGAAGAAAAAGAAUUCAAUGAAUUAAAUGAAAAUCAAAAUGUCAUAAAAAAAUAUAUUGACAAUAAUUUAACUAAUAAUUAUAUGAAUAAUCAAAUAAAUGAUAUAAAAGAAAUGAAUAUCUUUCAAAAGGAUAGUAAUCAAUUUGAAUCUUUUGACAAAAAAAAAUCCUUAAAAGAAAAUAACAAAAUAUCAAAUGAUCAUAUUAUUAGUGAUAAUAUUAUUAGUGAUAAUAUUAUUAGUGAUAAUAUUAUUAAUGAUAAUAUUAUUAGUGACCAUAUAAAGAAUAAAACAAUGUAUGAAAAUAACCUGUUUGAUGAAAUUAAAGAAGCAAUAAAAGAUGAUGUUACUAAGCAAAAUAGUCUUAACAAUUUGAACCUUCAAAUAAAAGCUGAAGAACAAUUAAUUCAUUCAAAUUAUGAUAAAAACAAAAUUAACAAUCAUUUAUAUAAACAAGAAAAUAUAGAUAUCUCUAAUGAUAAACAAAAAUCAAAUUUAUUAAUGAACUUAUCAAAAGAAUUAAAAAAUAAAAAUAUUCACAUUUUACAAUUUAAACAUGCUAAAAGUACACACACUUCUUUUUUGAAAAAAAUAAAUAAUCUCCCAAAUGAGAAAAAAAAAAAAAACAAAAAAAAAAAAAAAAUAAUAAAAGACAAACAUAUAAAUAUUAUUAAUAAUAAUAAUGAUAAAAAUGAAUUUUUACAAAAUCUUAAUUAUGUAAAAGAUAUAAACUAUGCCAAUUAUAUAAAGACAGCUAAUUUAAAAUCCAAGGAAAAAAAAAAAAAAAAAAAAAAAAACCAACAUCAUAUGGAUAUUUCAAAACGUGAGAAGAAACAUAUAUUGGAGAGAAAGACAAAAGAAUAUAAUCAACAAGUCAUAAGAAAAAGAAAAAUUAAAACCGAAAAGGGAGAAGAACAAAAAGAAGAACAGCUGCAUGUAGUGGAUAAAAAAUGUAGUGAUAAUAAAAAAUGUAGUGAUGAUAAAAAAUGUAGUGAUGAUAAAAAAUGUAGUGAUGAUAAAAAAUGUAGUGAUGAUAAAAAAUGUAGUGAUGAUAAAAAAUGUAGUGAUGAUAAAAAAAGUAGUGAUGAUAAAAAAAGUAUUGAGGACAAACAAAGUAGUGAUGAUAAAAAAUGCAUUGAUGACAAACAUAAUAGUGAUGAUAAAAAAUGCAUUGAUGACAAACAAAGUAGUGAUGAUAAAAAAUUCAUUGAUGACAAACAAAGUAGUGAUGACAAACAAAGUAGUGAUGACAAACAUGGUAGUGAUGACAAACAUAGUUGUGAUGACAAACAAAGCAGUUAUGACAAACAUAGCAAUUAUGACAAACAAAGCAUUGCAGAUUCAAAUAAAAUUAUAGAAUCAUGUGCUGAAGAAAAAACAACCAUGAAGAAAAAAAUCAGAUUCCAGCUGAAGUCCCAAAUAAAGAACAGAAAUAAAGAUAUAAAAACCAAAGAGAGAAAUAUAAAAAUAAAAAAUGCCCAAGAGAAAAAAAAAAGAAAAAAUGAGAAUAUUAUACUACCCGAAGAACAACACUUGAUUGUUAAAAAAGAGAGAAAUGAAAUAAAGCAAAAUUUGUUGAGUGAUGAAUCAGAACAUGUUUCUAUGAACAGUCAGAUAAUGAAUGAGAAAAGGAUACAAGCUGAUGAGAUAUUAAAGAAAUAUAUCCAAAUGAAAGAAAAUGAUAAGUAUAAUAAUGAAGAUAUUACUAAAUAUAAUAAAAAUCAUAAGACAUGCUAUCCUUUUUUCAAAGGUGAUAAUAUAGUAUUAUUAGACAUAAAAGAAAAAAAAUUUAAUAUUGAUAUAAUAAAUGUUUUUUCUUCCAAUAAAAAUUUAGAAGAUAAUUGUCAUGACAUUUUGUUUUUUUUUGAUUCGUAUGUUAAAAAAAAUAAAAAAGAAAAAAUGAAAAACAAUACAAAUUUUAUGAAGCCAUUGAAAAAAUUAUUUAAAUGUGAAUAUUUUGAAAUGGAAUGUAUUAAAUUGAUUAUCCACAUAUUUGAUAAAAUAAUUACUAAAAUGAAAAAAGAAAUAAAGAUGGAGAAUAUAACAAAAUGUUUUGAAAGAGAUGAUCAUAGUAGUAGUUUUAUAUCACGUAUAAAAGAAAAACAAGAAAUGCAAAAACGUAUGAACAAAGAAAAUAAUAGCAUACAAAAUAAUAUUAACAAGGAUUAUAAUAAUAAUAAUAAUAAUUAUUAUUAUAAUGGUGAUAAGAAAAAUAUAUUUUAUAGUCCAUUUUUUGAUGAUGAUAUAUUAUAUAAUGACGAUCAUGAAAAACAAAAAAUUUACAGUAUAUUAUUUUAUAAUUCUGCUCAUAGUCAUCAUGCAUGGAAUGAGUAUCGAGUAUUUCAAAAACUUCUACAGUGGAAAGAUCAGAAGAAAUUAUUCAUGUUAAGAGAUAAACUAGAACAAAUGAAGAAAAAUAAAGAAAACCAAAAUGAACAUAAAAGAAAUAUGAAGAAUGUUAAUAAUUGUAUUACUAAUAAUAUUAAUGAUUAUGAAAAAAAUUGUUGUCAUAUAUAUCAUUCUUCAACUGGUAAUGAUAAUAUUUAUAAUAAUUAUUCCCACUAUUAUAAUAAUGAAGUUUCAUCUAAUAUUCCUUUGAGAAAGAUUAAUAUUCUAACAAACAAAAUUAUGUGUUCUCUAUUAAACUCUUGUUGUAUACAUGAUAAAAAAGAUAUUCUGACAACUUACAGGCAGAACGUUCCUUCAUACAAUUUCCCUAGGAGUAAACAGAAAUAUUGGAAUGUAAUAUUAAAUGAGGAAUUGCUAUAUAAUGAUAAAGUUAGCUACCCUUUGAGGAUAAGUGAAGCGGUGGGUACUUUAAUUUCAAAAUAG